GCCCGCAAUUGUCCACAAUAGGCCUACAGUGCAGUAGGUUCGUCAGAGGAAGUGACGGGAACGGGAUAGUAAACCCAAAUGAGGACUUCCAAUUUUUCAUGAAGGCUGCCACAAUAUAAGUCUGGUUAAAGUCGUCUGAACGAAGACCGCAAAUGUUACAGUAGCCUAAUGAUUGUGCGCAAGAACGUUAUAUUCACAGAUGUCAGAAACGCUACAAUGUACCAGAAUAUAGAAUGUACUCGGGCGACACAACGAUCAAUGCGGGAUGGUAGCCACCAACAUUUGCAGAGAUUUCACAAUACUGAAUUAAAUCUGUGGAUCAUAGAUUGAACUUUAUGCAGACUUUUCAGGACUUUUCGUUGAUUUGGAAAUAUUUGGGACUGAUUUCAAGAUGAUUUACAACGAGGGUAGUAGACAGAUUUUUAAUAGUUAAAGUUAUUCCAUGAGUUUCAGAAUGUAUGCAGGGGAGAUAUCGCCACCAGUUCGGAUUUCUCUGCUAGUGGUAACUCUUGUAUCGCUUGGGAUUUGUUCAGAACUAAAAGUACGAGUGCGUUUAAGUGAUGGACUAAUUGGGGAGGAGAUUUUGGACGCCAACAGUGAGAAUGAUGACAUUACAGUCGAGUUCAAGCAAGGAGAUGGUACUCAUAUUACUGUGGUAUUUGAUUUCAAACGGGAUGUGAGGAUCGUCCGAGCUCUGAUCCUGGGGGAGCCAGAGCGAGGCCAGAACCAAUACCAGGUGCUGUGCUUUGUCUCACGCCUCGAUCACCACGAGAUCAUCCCCACUGAGUCCAUGGCUCGCCUCAGACAGCUGUUCUGUGAUGGGAUUCUACAGAAGAACCCCCACUUGGUCCGCACGGCAGAGGAGAAGCGUGGGGUGGAACACCUCCACAUGGACAUGGUGGUGAACGUGAGUCAUGCAGGGCACCUCAACACACUCAUCCACAACGUGUGUAAGGAGGCCCAUGAGGGGUUUUAUACCCGGACAGCUGACACCAAGCAUUGGCUGGAUAAAGGAAUAGAGGCCAUUGAGUUUGAGCCCCUGCCCCAGACAGUGGACGUCUCUGGUCUGCAGCGAUGCCCCUCCACUCUGGACCUGUGGCAGCCAUGCUUCUGCAGCUAUCACCUACGUCUGGAGUGGCUCCCCUGCCUGCUCAAAUACUGCCGCAGCCGCCGGGGCGCGGCUGGAAGGACCAACCCGUACAAGUGUGGCAUCAGGAGCUGCAGCAAGGGCUACCGCUUUGACUACUACGUCCCCCAUAAACAGCUCUGCCCAUGGGAUGAGGAGACCUAAAGCAGCUGGUUUUGCCCUUAGUUCUUUCCUAGAAGGCAUUUAGCCUAUCGUGCACAUCUGGACUGAGCAUGUCAGGGGAUUGGCAAGAGGCCUUGAAGUGUAUACAGAGUAUAUCAAACAUUAGGAACACCUUCCUAAUAUUGAGUUUUUCCCUCCGAAAAGCUUCAAUUCAUCAGGGCAUAGACUCCGCAAGGGGCCGAAAUGUUGACUCCAAUGCUUCCCACAGUUGUGUCAAGUUGGCUGGAUGUCUUUUCGGUGGUGGAUCAUUCUUGAUACUCACAGGAAGCUGUUGAGCGUGAAAAACCCAGC